AUGACCAGAGUCGACGCGAACACGCGCAAUGCCCGCGGUCAAAGCCCUCUUUUCGCCGCCUGUAGGAAUUCUAAACUGGAUGUUGUUCCACUUCUGCUGGACGCUCGCGCUGACAUGAAUGCGAGCAGCGUGUUUAUUGAAACAUCUCCUUUGUGGGAGGCAUGUGACAGCCUUCGUCACCAUGACCUCGUGGGCAUGUUGCUGAAGGCAGGCACUGACAAGGACCAGAACACCGCUUCUGGGGAAACCCUUCUCUGGACCGCCGCGUCCGUGAAUUCCCAAAAGCAUGUUCGUCUGUUGCUUGAAGCUGGGGCCAACAAGAACAAGGCCAACAACUCCGGACAAACUCCUCUCUGGGCAGCGUCUCGGCAUGGGCAUGCGGACUCCGUGCGCUUGCUGCUUGAAGCACGGGCCGAAGUGGACAGAUGGGACCGUGCGGGCAAAACCCCGCUAUGGAUCGCAGCAUGCCAUGCCCAUGCGGCCGUCGUAGAGUGGUUGCUGCACGCUGGUGCCGACAAGAAUGCGACGGACGCGCUGUGGGGUGCAUCGCCACUUUGGGUGGCCUCUGAGUCUGACCGGCUUGCCAUCGUCCGGGUGCUUCUAGAGGCCCGUGCAGACAAAGAUCUGAGCUCCAUCCGCGGCGCGACGCCGCUGUGGGUGGCAUCAUCCUGUGGCCACUUGGAAACAGCACGGUUGCUGCAGCAAGGCGCCGAUAAAGACAAGAGCAAUACCCGUGGUGAGACCCCUUUGUGGGUUGCUUCAUGCUUCGGCCACACGGGAACAGUGCGCCUCCUGCUUCAAGCAGGCGCUCAGCGAGACAAAGCGGACUCUGCCGGCGCUCGGCCGAAUGAGAUCGCCAGAAGGAGCGGGCAUGAGGACAUCUGCAAGUUGCUGAUGGAGGGCGCUGUCAUCGACCACACCGGUCCUACCAGGAAACGCCCCUGCCGAUGGCCCGUAAACCCCUGA